CAGCCGGUGGAUAUAGCUUACAGAUAAUCGCGGCGAUGGGAACGGUCUGGGAGCGGUAUAAAAGUUGAGGGAGGCGACGAAGGAUGAUAGAACUAUUUCCCUCGUUGUCUCGCAUUUCUACUUUAACCCAGCCAUGUCUCAAGUCCAGUUCAAGGGAUACGCCGUCACCGAUGCGACCAAAUGGAGUAAUUUCGAGGUCAUCGAGUUCGAACCGAAGAAGUUCGAAGAGACCGACGUGGAAGUUGCCAUCACGCAUUGCGGCGUGUGCGGUUCCGACAUUCACACUAUUACCUCCGGCUGGGGAGCGCUCAGGACUCCUGUCAUUGUUGGGCAUGAGAUUGUAGGCACCGUCACCCGCGUCGGAUCGCAGGUCAAGGGCUUCAAGGUCGGCGACCGUGCCGGCGUCGGCGCCCAAGUUGGCUCUUGCUACCAAUGCAGAGCCUGCAAGCAGGACGACGAGAAUUACUGCCCCAAAAUGAUCCAUACUUAUCACGACAAAUACCCUGAUGGUACGGUCACCCAGGGAGGCUACUCCACUGCGAUCCGCGCGAAUGAGCUCUUCGUCUUCCCCAUCCCUAAUGGGCUUGAGUCACGGCACGCCGCCAGCAUGCUGUGCGGUGGCCUGACCGUGUUCUCCCCUCUUAAACGCAACGGCGCUGGACCAGGGAAGAAGAUCGGGGUAAUUGGCAUUGGCGGCUUGGGCCACUAUGCCAUCCUCUUUGCCAAGGCAAUGGGCGCCGAAGUUACCGCCUUCACCAGCGGCACGAAGAAAGUGGACGAUAUCAAGGCCAUGGGUGCCGAUCACAUCGUCGUCGCCGAUGAUAGCGGCGAGUUCGCCAAGGGCCGUGAAAUGUCCCUUGACCUCAUUAUUUCGACCCGUGACGCCGCGGAAGGUAUGCCGAUCCGGGCUUACAUGUCAAUGCUGUGGGUGCACGGCAAAUUCAUCACCGUGGGCCUGCCCGACAAGCCGUUGCCCACCAUGCACGCGUUCGACUUCGCCUUCAACGGGUGCUUCUUCGGGGCGAGCCACAUCGGUAGUAAGGCGGAGGCGAUCGAGAUGUUGCAGCUCGCCGCGGACAAGGGCAUCAAGCCAUGGAUCGAGGAGCUUCCCAUGAGCCAGGCUCAGACUGCGGUCGAACGCCUGAAGAAGAACGACGUUCGUUAUCGUUUCGUCCUUACUCAGGACCUGGCAUGAACAAUUGUUGGCACCGACCGAAUCGCACCAUCUUCAGUCAUGUAGCAUCACCCUACAGUCACUAUUGGGCCGAACUAUAUAUACUAUCAGAUCUCUUUCUUAAGCUGUGUCGUCCUGUUGUGUCCGAUAGACCUUACUUGACUAGAAUAACUCAAUCACGCAAUUCCACCCGAUAUAUCAAUCAUCCUUUUGAACACAUUGAAUGUGGCUUGUUGCAUCAUGCAUGAUGAAAGCCAUGGUGAAUAAACAGCAAAAGGUGCACAAACAUCAUCUACUCGCUCGCGGCCAUAAUGGCAUUGAUCAAGUCCCCGCCGCUCUCCUUCAGUACGCGGACAGCUUUUGCGCGAGAGCAGUUGACCUGCUGCAUGACAAGGUCGAUGUCUUUUGGAUCCACGCCCGUCUCGUCGAUCUCGCCUUCCUCUUCGGGCGCCUGGAGCUCAGGGAUGUCAUCCUCGUCGUCGUCAUCCGCCACACCCGACUUCUCGAGUGUCUGGGCAGCGCCGCCACUCGACGCGAGCUGCUGAGCCGCGCUGAGUUGCGCCUGGGAGUUCAUGUCCUCGAUCUUAGCCUCGCCGAACACGAUGUAGCAGUCGCUGUUCUGCGACUUGUACACAUCCGGAGAAGCCAGGACAAAGAGCACGUUCUUCGGUCUCCUAAGGGUGACACGGGUGAUGCCAGGAACGCGCUUCAGACCGAGGGUAAGCAGGGCCUUGCGGGCCUUACGCUCCGAUCGCGACUGGAUCUUGUCGAGCGCCGCCUGAGAGGUAGGGUCCUCAUCCUCGUGAUCGUGGUCGUGGUCGUGGUGAUCAUGGUCGUGGUCGUGGUCGUGACCAUGGUCAGAAUGCGAGUGGUCGGACGGGAUCUCUUCGAUCGUGGCGGACAUGUUGGACUAGAGAACUUUGGCGGCGGGGCUGGAGACCAGUGCCGACGACCGCGACGUUAGCAGACAGGGGAGAUGGGCGCCUGUACGGGCGCUUAUUGGGACGUAGCAUCCCGC